AUGAAUAACUCAACAAACUCCUCUAAUAAUGGCUUGGCUCUUGCCAGUCCUUAUAAGACAUUUGAAGUGGUAUUUAUUGUCCUCGUGGCUGGGUCCCUCAGUUUGGUGACCAUCAUCGGGAACAUCCUGGUCAUGGUUUCCAUUAAAGUCAACCGCCACCUCCAGACCGUCAACAACUACUUCUUGUUCAGCCUGGCCUGUGCAGACCUCAUCAUCGGGGUUUUCUCCAUGAACUUGUACACCCUCUACACUGUGAUCGGCUACUGGCCUCUGGGACCUGUGGUGUGUGACCUGUGGCUAGCCUUGGACUAUGUGGUCAGCAACGCCUCGGUGAUGAACCUGCUCAUCAUCAGCUUCGACAGGUACUUCUGUGUCACCAAACCCCUGACCUACCCCGUUAAGCGGACCACGAAAAUGGCAGGGAUGAUGAUCGCGGCUGCCUGGGUCCUCUCUUUCAUCCUCUGGGCUCCGGCCAUCCUCUUCUGGCAGUUCAUUGUAGGGGUGAGAACUGUGGAGGAUGGGGAAUGCUACAUUCAGUUCUUCUCCAAUGCCGCCGUCACCUUCGGCACCGCCAUCGCGGCCUUCUAUCUCCCCGUGAUCAUCAUGAGCGUGCUCUACUGGCAUAUAUCCCGAGCCAGCAAGAGCAGGAUCAAGAAGGAGAAGAAGGAGCCCGUAGCCAACCAGGACCCAGUGUCACCAAGCCUCGUGCAAGGAAGGAUCGUGAAGCCCAACAACCACAACCCGGCCGGCGGCGAUGGUGGCCUGGAGCACGACAAGAUCCAGAACGGCAAGUCUCAGAGGGACCCCGGGACCGCCAACUGCGUCCAGGGCGAGGACAAAGAGAGCUCGAACGACUCCACCUCUGUCAGCGCCGUCGCCUCCAACCUGAGAGAUGAGGAGGUCACCCAGGACGAAAACACAGUUUCCACUUCCCUGGGCCAUUCCAAAGAUGAGAACUCCAAGCAAACGUGCAUCAAAAUUGUCACCAAGACCCAAAAAGGUGACUCGUGCGCGCCGACCAAUGCUACUGUGGAACUCGUCGGGUCCGCGGGUCCUAAUGGAGAGGAGAAACAGAACAUGGUAGCCCGUAAGAUUGUGAAGAUGACCAAACAGCCAGCCAAAAAGAAGCCUCCUCCUUCCCGCGAGAAGAAAGUGACCAGGACGAUCUUGGCUAUUCUGUUGGCGUUCAUUAUCACCUGGGCCCCCUACAAUGUCAUGGUGCUCAUCAAUACCUUCUGUGCACCCUGCAUCCCCAACACGGUGUGGACCAUUGGCUACUGGCUCUGCUACAUCAACAGCACCAUCAACCCUGCCUGCUAUGCACUGUGUAAUGCCACCUUCAAGAAGACCUUUAAACACCUGCUCAUGUGUCACUACAAGAACAUAGGCGCUACCAGGUAA